AUGAGGUGUGCAAGCUUCUGUCUCUGGUGCUGCUGCAUUCUGAUGCUGGUGGAUGGCCAACUAAAGCCCAUUGUGGAAGCUGAAGAGGAUAAUGGAAUACUUAUUUCGAUUAUUGCAGAGGUGGAUCGAUUUGCGCUACCCAAGAACUUUAUCACGUACUCAGCACACCAGGAGCGGAGCUUAGGAGCGUUGCAGCAAUCGUUAAUGAAAAUAUUUUACCGCCCGGUGAUUGUGGCCGGACCCGAGAUAGGGAAACUUCAUAAAAUCAUUACUGAUCAGAAUUUGAUAUUGGUUUUCUUAAAUGAACCUCAUGAUCCCCUGCUAAGAAGUGUUGAACAAUCCUUGACAAGCAUCAAGGAUGUGUCUACUAUAUUUGUGUACAAGGUCAAGGAUAAUGUGCAACCCAAAUCUUUUGCGGAAUUUCUCUUCAACUGGUGCGUGGACAAAGGCAUUUAUAAUGUUUUGCUGUUGGUAAAGCUGAACAACACUUUUGAAAUCUGGACAUAUCUAUAUCAUUCAGAUAUAAAGACAGUUAUAUUACCGCUUAAAGACUUAAAGUCAAUGCGACCACAAGAUUAUCGUAAACAUGCAGACUUGGGACAGCACCGAUUCUUAGUCGCAUUUCACGUGAAAUUAUCGGAAACAUUUCUGUACAAAACUCGCGAUGGCCGUGUGACAUUGGGCGGUCAGAUUGGGCUUAUGUUGCAGGAGUUAAUGCACUAUAUGAACGGGACAAUGGAUUUUUUGACCCUUUCAUUCAAUGAAUAUCAGAAAGUAAUGAACGGGGGCUCGAUAGAUGAUCGCCCUAUUGAUAUUGUAGCCAAUUUGGAGCCAUAUUCAUUUGUGGAUCCACGUUUUUCGUUUUUUAUGUCACGAAUUUGCCUGAUUCUGCCUUAUAGACGUAUGGUUCCCUUGCAAAGCUAUAUUUCAUAUUUCGACAGGCGAAAGACAUUAUUCACAUUCAUGAUAUUUAAUUUCAUCGUCUUCAUUGCGAUCAAGCGCAUUGCCAAUCCCCGCCAGCCGCUGACCGAGGUGCUCUUUGGAAAUUUCCGGCUCCUAGUUUCACAAGCUUUGUCGACACGAAUGUUUCGCACCCUGACUCUCGCAGAAAGGAUUUUAGAAGUCACCACGCACAUCUACAACUUGGUAACAUUCAGCAUAUUCAUCAGCGUUCUGACAAUGGCUCUUGUCACAGGCCUGCAAAUGCCCGAUAUCGUCGACGAUGAAACCUUUUUGGCCAGUGGACUCCGCAUCAUGGUAUAUUCAGAGCAGAUGGAUAACCUCUUCAAUGACAUUCCGCUGAGUCUACGAAAUCGCUUAAUUGUGGUUGACAAAAAUACGUCGAUCGAACAUGUGCACAACCUGAACGAUUCUUACGCCUAUGUGAUGAUGUCGCACACGUGGCUUGGCUUCAAGUUAAAGCAAAAUAGUCUGCGCCUUCCUAAGUUGAUAUCGGGUCCCGACAAAUUGUGCGGCGUUCCGCGUUAUAUAAGGAUCCACGUACAGCCAGGCGUAUUCCAUUUGAAGCCAAUGAAACACUUCUUAAGCCAAGCAUUCGAGGCGGGUCUAACUAAGAAAUGGAAGCACACGGGAUUUGGUCAAGCAGAGGAAAUGGGCCUCGUUAGAUUAGCUCCCCAUGAUCUGCCGAGCGUUUAUCCACUGCCCAUGGACUUCUUCAUCCACGCCUUUUUGAUAUAUGCUUUUGGCAACUUUACGGGCAUUGUAGUUUUUUUGAUAGAGUGGCUGUACUUUCGCUGGAAUCAUAUUCGCAAUAAUCAUAUUGUAGUUUAG